AUAAACUCUUGUGUCCUGGGUCUUCUCUUUUCAGUUCUUUUCCCUCGACAUACUAGCAAGGCGACACGGGGUAACACCAUUAAUCUAAUACACAUGUUCCGAGAUUAUUUACACUAUCAUAUUAAGUGUUCAAAAGCGUACAUUCAUUCUAGAAUGCGCGCAAAAACUUCAGACUUCCUGAAAGUACUUAAUCGUGCCAGACCGGCAACGAAAAAUACGGAAAAGAAAACAAUAACGGGGAGAACAUUCAUUCGAAAGGAUUAAAUUGUGGACAAU